AUGUCUUAUCCUUUUGAGCAGGUUGACGAGGCGGCGAAGAAAUCUGAUACUAGAGACUUGGUUCAGUCUCCAUCACUUGGGCCAAUUGAUAUUGCAAACACAGUCACUUACGAUGCUGUUUUUGGUACAAUCACUGAAGAUGGACCCAAUUAUCGCAAUGUGGGAUGGAUUGGCACAUCAGUGUUGAUGAUGAAGACUCAAAUUGGUCUCGGCGUCUUGUCCAUUCCAGCCGCCUUUGAUACCCUUGGACUUCUCCCAGGCGUCAUUUGCCUUCUGGCCGUCGCGAUUAUUACCACCUGGUCUAACUAUAUGGUCGGUGUCUUCAAGGUCAAUCACCCUCAGGUUUACGGAAUUGAUGAUGCGAGUAAGCUCAUGUUUGGCACAAUCGGUCGCGAGGUGCUUGCUGCCGGAUUUUCUCUCUACUUGGUUUUCGCUGCCGGAUCUGGCAUGCUCGGCAUUUCGAUAGGCUUGAAUGCAAUCUCGACACAUGGGACAUGCACUGCCAUCUUUGUUGCGGUCGCAGCCGUUGGGGUGAUAAUUCUCUCCAGCAUCCGAACCUUGGAGCGCUUGAGUUGGAUCGCAUGGGUUGGACUAGUAACACUCCUUGUCUCUGUUUUCAUGGUCACUAUCAGCGUUGGCGUUCAAGACCACCCCGAUGCCGCACCCCCUGGCCCUUGGUCCUCUGACUGGAAACUAGUGGGCAAUCCAUCCUUUGCAGCAGCGGCCUCAGCGAUCUCAAUGUUUGUGCUAUCCUAUGCUGGCACACCCUUUUUCUUCCCAAUUGUAUCCGAGAUGCGCGAUCCCCGUCACUAUACGAAAGCACUUAUGCUAUGCCAAGUUGUUGUGACUAUUACAUACGUUUCAGUUGGUGUCGUUCUUUACUAUUAUUGCGGAUCUUAUGUCGCGUCGCCGGCUCUUGGGUCUGCUGGCAAGUUGAUUAAGAAGAUAUCAUAUGGCAUUGCGCUCCCUGGACUGUUCGCUAGCACCACCCUUGCAAUUCAUCUAGUUGGCAAACACUUCUUCGUUCGGAUUUUAAGCGGUUCUAAGCAUCUUACUUCCAACACAUUCACCCAUUGGGCUACUUGGUUCGGAUGUAUCUGCGGCUGUGCUAUAAUCUCUUACUGCAUUGCGAGCGGAAUUCCCGUCUUCGGCCCACUCAUCGGUUUGAUUGGUGCACUUCUGGGUACUCUCCAGUGCUUUCAGCCGAUGGGCUGUAUGUGGCUUUACGAUAACUGGAGCACUGGGAAAGAAGACAAGUCAGCCAAAUGGUUAUUCAUGGUUUGUUGGAGCUUAUUUGUCAUUAUCUCAGGUACAUUCUUGAUGAUUUCCGGUACCUACGGGUCUGUCAUUGGCAUCAUCGAUGCUCUCAAGGCCGACGGGGCAUCUGGUCCCUGGUCGUGUGUUGACAACUCGAAUUCUACUUGA